AUGCGGCUCGACAAAAUUCAGCACUGGCUCGACGCAACGACCCACGACAGCGACGGCGAGCCACCUUCCUCCAAGGCAACGGUGCAGCACGACCGCGACCACGGGCACGCCAGCAAGCCACGCCGGCUCAACCCCUUCACGCCGCCGGGAUCAAACCAGACGGAGCGCAGCAACAUGGCAUCGCCCACGCGUGGCAGCAGCUCGCCCAACAAGCGGCCCCUCGACGACGAGACGCCGCGCGCCAAGCGAAUCCAGGUCCCGGCGGCCGCCUCCUCCUCCGGGCUCAGCCAGGACUCGUCGCUGCCGCCCGCGGACUACUCGCCCUCGUCGAGGCGCUCCGGCCGCGUAUCGCCCCGGAAGCAACUGCGCAGGCUGCACCUCGAUAGCCGCGGCCUCGACGUGCGCGAGCUGGCCAUGUUCCGCGCUGCGAUGCCGACGGGGCUGCAGGAGCUGGUGGACGGCGUCGCCGCCAUCUCGCGCGGGAAGCGAGUCGUGGCGCGCGACACGCAAUCGGCGCUGGAGGAGGCGGCCAAGUCGGACGUCGAGUUUCGGUGGGCGCUGCUCGACGACCACCACCUCUCCGACGACCCAGCCGUGGCGGGCCAGACGCCGUCGCCGCAUGACGUCCGCCACGUCGUCGACGCGGCCAUUCGGUGCAGCACGCGCGACCACCCCGAGGCCAACUGGAACAUGAUGGUGCACGACCAGGUUCUGCAGAUGGCCUUUCAGCCGCGGGGGAAGCCCAGAUACAGCCAUCUAGUUAACUUUGUGGGAUGCACAACGGCCACCAUUAUGGCCGAGUAUGGCAACCCAACGCUGACCAAGCGAGUCGACUUUUGCGUCUGCAUCGAGCCCGAAAACGACGCCUCGGCGCCCGAUUUCCCGUCGGCGGCCGCACGCGCGCGAGCCGUCAUGCCGCGGCGUAUUGUUAACUUUACCGACUUUGCGCCACUAUACGAUUGCUUCAUCGCGCUAAGCAUUGAGACUAAGAAGCCGAGCGAGAACUUUGACGCGGCCAGGCUGCAGCUAGGCGUGUGGGAGAUGGCACGGUGGUCGUUUCUGCGGGCGCUCGAGGCGGCGGGACGGAUCGGCGCAGCAGCGACGGACGAGGCGCCAGGAGCUACAACGGCAACGUCGAGGCUGCCAGCCUUUCUCCCGAGCAUCAUCGUCCAGGGCCACGAGUGGAUCCUGCUUGUCACGACGACCGAGGGCGAGAGGACGGUGCUGUGGCAAAAGGUCAUCAUCGGAAGCACCUCGAGCUCCAUAGGCGUGUAUCAGAUUGUGCGCGCGCUACAGUACCUGGGCCGGUGGGCGCGCGACGUCCACUGGCCGUGCCUGCGGGCCCUGGUGGAAGCCAUCCCGGACGUGGUAUGUGAUAAUAAUGAUGUGGAUGACGAGUGA